CCGUAGGACGGUCGAGGACAGCCCUUCUUUCAAACAGCCUUGCCCUCACGCCAGUCCCACUUCCCGCCAAACCGAGUCAUCGCCGUGGAAUCCCGCCGGAAGCUUUUCCGGUUAACGAGUCUCCGGCUAUUAGAUCUCCGGCAUCGCUGUCAUCCUACGACGCAUCCGGGGCCAACUGAUCUCACGGAAGGGAGACAAAGACUUGCGGGAGAUUGCAGACAUUUUCGGUCGACGGUUUCAGGUGGAUCCUAUUUUUCUGGCAACUCCUUCCGGCGGGAUUCGACGCGCCGGCAACGGAUUAAGCGAGAUCUGCAGAUCCUUCCGAAGCUUUUAAGGCUUCAUGAAAAUUGCGUUCGGGAGUCUUCUGGACUAGUCGACUGCUGUGAAUCGCGGGCUUUCGGCGAUCCCGGGGAGAUUUGUUAUCGGAAAUUGUCUGAGGAGUCCGUGUUGUGGUCUGCCGACUUGAUUUCCUUCACUAUUGUGGUCGUCUAUGGGCAGCUGGUCUUCCGGCGGUUAUUGUUGCCUGCAUAAUGCAGCAUCGGAAUAUCCGUGGAUUUCUCAGUUAUGAUUCUCUCAGGGUGAAGCCCCGCGGCUUGCCGAUUUCCCGGAGUUUCAAGAUCCGGGGUGCGGAAUCUUUUCGUUCUGGGCUUUUGUUUGCUUGAAUUGGCUUGGAGAGUGUAGCCAAGUUCUCGUGAAUGAGUGGCUGAGAUUAAAGGGAUCGCGUGGGCUUCGCAUUUACAUAUAUUCGGACUUAGUGGCCUUCUAGGUUUUCGUGAUUUCAAAAUUGUUAACCAUGAAGGUUCGGAAUCUCAGUGGCCUUUCGUAUGCGAAUUUCGUCUCGAAAGUCUAAUCCAGUAGGUACCACAUGACUUCGCGGAUUCCACUGUAGCGGCUAAGUCGGUCGGGAUGGCGAAGGUAGUGCAUGAGGGAUGGAUGGUCCGUUAUGGACGGAGGAAAAUUGGUCGUUCGUACAUGCACAAGCGGUACUUCGUUCUUGAAUCUCGGCUUCUUGCAUAUUACAAAAGGAAGCCCCAAGAUAAUGUGGUCCCAGUCAAAACACUUCUUAUCGAUGGGAACUGCAGAGUGGAGGACCGGGGCUUGAAGACACAUCAUGGACAUAUGCUUUAUGUCCUCUCAAUUUAUAACAAGAAAGAGAAGAACCACCGUAUUAAUAUGGCAGCGUUCAAUAUCCAAGACGCUUUGACUUGGAAGGAAAAGAUUGAAUCUGUUAUUGAUCAGCAUCAGAAUUCACUUGUAGCCAAUGGAAACAAAACAUAUUCUACAUUUGAUUUUAAGUCACAUGAUGACGAUAGAACUGCUUCUUCAUCAGAUCGUGAAAGUCAGUUUAGUGCUCAGGAGGAUGAGGAGGUAGCUCAUCGGACUUUGAUCAGAAGAACCACAAUUGGAAAUGGGCCUCCUGAUUCAAUGUUGGACUGGACUCAUGAGGUUGACACUCCUAAUCCCAAUAAUAAUGAUCAAGUCUUCUCAAGAAAGCAUUGGCGUUUAAUCCAGUGUCAAAAUGGGCUUCGGAUUUUCGAGGAGCUUAUUGAACUUGAUUAUCUUCCAAGAAGUUGUAGUAGAGCAAUGAAGGCUGUUGGUAUCGUGGAAGCAUCAUGCGAAGCAGUAUUUGAACUUGUGAUGGGCAUGGACAUGAAGAGGUUUGAAUGGGACUGUAGUUUUCAGUAUGGCAGCUUAGUUGAGGAAGUAGAUGGGCAUACAGCAAUACUAUACCACAGACUGCAGCUGGAUUGGUUUCCAAUGAUAAUUUGGCCUCGUGAUCUCUGCUAUGUGCGUUAUUGGCGUCGUAACGACGACGGAAGCUAUGUUGUGCUGUUUCGUUCAAGGGAGCAUCCGAAUUGCGGUCCACAACCUGGGUUUGUACGCGCACACAUUGAGAGCGGGGGAUUUACCAUUUCAUCACUUAGUUCUCGACGUGGAAGGCCUCGAACAAGAGUUCAACAUCUCAUGCAGAUUGACUUGAAGGGUUGGGGUGUUGGUUACUUGCCAUCGUUUAAGCAACAUUGCUUACUACAAAUGUUGAAUAGUGUUGCUGGCUUGCGCGAAUGGUUCUGUCAAACAGAAGAAAACCAUACAGUUUCAAGAAUCCCAGUGAUAGCAAGCAUGCAAUCUAGUUCAUCUUCUAAGAAAGGACAGAAACAGAGAGGGGCCUCCCACCGUCCUACUGCAUCACUGGAUCAAGUGCCUGGGGCAGGCCCGGAUAUGGGACAGCUCGAUGAAGAUUCUGAGGAAGAUGAGGAUUUUCAAUUUGCUGAGACAGAGGUCGGUGAAGCUAGUGUUGAAAAUGAAGUCAAACAAACAGCUGUUGUUGAAAAUGAAGCAAAAAAAACAGUGGAUGAGGGGACGACUGAGCAGAUUGAUUUAUCCUUGUUUACUGGCAAUCUGCGUCGAGUUGAUGUUGGUGAUGGUAGUCGUGACUGUUGGCAAAUAUGUGCCAGCAACAACUUCUUUGUCCGGAGCAAACAUUUUCUUUUCGAUAAAAGAAAGGUCCCUGCUGGUAAGCCAAUAAUGGAGCUUGUUGCAGUGGACUGGUUCAAGGAUGCCAAACGCAUGGACCAUGUUGCAAGGCGUCAGGGCUGUGCAGUACAGGUUGCAUCAGAGAAAGGGCUUUUCUCAUUGGCUAUAAAUCUUCAAGUUCCGGGUCCAACACAUUACAGUAUGGUCUUCUAUUUUGUGACAGCACGACUUAUACCUGGUUCCCUGUUGCAACUAUUUGUUGAUGGUGAUGAUGAGUUCAGGAAUACGAGAUUGAAACUUAUUCCUUAUGUGCCUAAGGGUUCAUGGAUUGUGCGUCAAAGUGUUGGAAGCACCCCAUGCUUGUUGGGAAAAGCAGUAGAUUGUAAUUAUAUUCGGAGACCUAAAUACCUGGAAAUAGAUGUAGACAUUGGCUCUUCCACGGUUGCAAAUGGAGUACUAGGGCUUGUAUGUGGUGUUAUUACUACUCUGGUGGUGGACAUGGCAUUUCUUAUCCAGGGGAACACAGUAGAUGAGCUGCCAGAGCGUCUUAUUGGCGCAGUCCGUGUCUCACAUGUAGAGUUAUCAUCUGCUAUCAACCCAGCACUUGAUGAACUUCAACCAACUGAAUCGUAGCUUGUGGCAUUGUUCAGAGGUUCUACCUAGAGCACCACUAUCUGUUGACUUUCUGCUUCCUCAUCAUGUAAACUUGCAUUCUGCAAUCAGUUGCAAGUCAUUGUAGAUCAUCAGUUGACUGUGAUUUAUGGAAAAUGAUCUCUGUAUUUCUCAAGCACGGCAUUUAUACUAGAAUAGCAAGAAAAUUGUGUAGCAUGUAUUGUUCUGUUCAGAUUGGCCUUCAUGUUACGAGUUCCUUCUAUUGAAAGGGGAAAAAGGAAAAAUCUAUUGCUGAUGCCA